UUAUAAUCCUAAGUUUUAUGGAAGAAUUGAAAUCUUAUAUUAUUAAGGCAUAGAGUUCCUGUUUGGUUGAUUUUUAUGAAAGUGCGAUUUAAUUUAUUGUUUAUGAAAAAAUGGGCUCCAAUGAGAAUUCAAUGGAAGCGAAUGAGGUCAAUUCGGACAACGAGUUUUUAGAUGAUAAAGACGAUUCUGCGUUGGAAGCUGGUAUAGCAAUAUCUCGUGGAUAUCGAACUGAAAAAGAAGAUAAUAAGUAUGAAGUAUUAACUAUAGAAGAGCUUGGGCGACAUCAGCGUGAAAUCAUUGAUGAAGUUAACAACAUAUUAAAAUUAUCGCCAACGAUAGUACGCAUCCUAUUGAACUAUUUUAAAUGGGAUAAAGAGAAACUUUUAGAAAAAUAUUUUGAGGACAAUAUUGAAGAGUUUUUCAGAUGUAUUAAUAUGACAAAUCUAUUCAUUAAACUUUCGAGUAACAAACAACAAAAUGUUCUUAAAGAUAAUUCUGCUGAAGAGUGUAAGAUUUGCUUUUCAAAUUUGCCUUCCGAUUUAAUGAUGGCACUGGAAUGCGGCCAUAGCUUUUGUUUGAUGUGCUGGCGUGAAUAUGUAAGAACAAAAAUAGUCGAUGGAGGGUUGGAUCCAUUAAUUGUAUGCGCCGCUCAUUAUUGUGGCGUAUUAAUGGACGAUAUUACAGUUAUCGAGCUAUUGGACGAUCAGGAUGUUCGUUUGAGGUAUUGGCAAUUUAUUACUAAUAAGUUUGUCCAAUGCAAUGAAUUGAUACGUUGGUGUCCAUCUCCUAAUUGCACUUACGCCGUUAAAGUCAUCUACGGAGAGACCCGCUUUGUCCGUUGCAAGUGCGGUCAUGAGUUUUGCUUUAUGUGCAAUAAUGAUUGCCAUGAUCCCGUCAAAUGCCAUUGGUUAAAGAAAUGGCUUGAGUGGAAUUAUGAAGAUUCACAGAAUCGUUAUUGGUUGGCGAACAAUACUAAGCCGUGCCCUAAGUGUAAAGUACAAAUUGAAAAGAAUGGCGGUUGUAAUGUCAUGAACUGCAGAAAUUGCUCACAACAAUUCUGUUGGGUAUGUAUGAACGAUCAUGGCCAUGCAAGUUGCAAUCGUUACAUCGAAGGACCUGAAGUACCAGAUAGGUCGGCUUCAUCGUUGACAAGAUAUUUGCAUUAUCAUAAUCGAUAUGUGAAUCAUAUGCGGUCAUUGAAAUAUGAAAAUAAUUUAUACCUUACCAUCAAAGAACAACUGAGAGAAUUUCGCCAAGAGGAUGUAUCGUACGUCGACAUAGAAUUUCUGAAACACGCUGUAACAGUAUUAUGUCAUUGCCGUCGAACUCUUAUGUACACUUAUGUGUUUGCCUACUAUUUAAGAAAUAACAAUCAAUCGAUGAUUUUUGAGAAUAAUCAGACUGAUUUAGAAAUUGCAACGGAGAGCUUGUCCGAUUAUUUGGAACGUCGCGUUAUAUUAGAAACUCUAACUAAAGUUAAAUCAGACGUUCUGGAUAAAUGUAGAUAUUGCGAGACACGAUGCGAACUUCUAUUGCAUCACGUACAUGAAGGCUAUGAAAAUGAUACUUGGGAAUAUAUAGAAUAAUGAGUGCAACGAAUUAGAAAUAUGAAAAGAAAACUUGUUAAUUUAAGUCAUCCAAAAAUUGAAUAAUACUUUCUGUGUCUGUGGCGUUAAACUAUGCCAAUCUCCGCAUAAACAAAUCUGAAUAUUUAAAGAGCUUUCGAUGGAUUUGCUAGACCAAGGCUCUAACAAAGUCAAACUCUCUACUAUCCCCGUUAACUUCGCAAGUAAAAAAUCAGUUUAAUAUUUUUCUACUGAAAAUAUUCGUACAUAACACGACAUACGACCGACAUCAUCCGCUAUUUUUUUCUGUACUUUUCUAUCUCGGCGGAGCUUUCUACAAAUAUCCAAUUUUUCUUAAUACUUUCGUCAUUUAAACAAUGUUAACUAUUAAAGAUGCAACGAUGUAGAAACUUCCAUGUGAAAAGCAUUGACGAUUUGAGACUUUAGCAAAAUGUAACGCUAACUUUUUGCGCUAUGAAUUCAGAAUUCUCCAAUAAAGGCUAAAGCACUUUUAUAUAUAAUCUGAUAUAAUCAAUUCCCGUGUAAUCAUGAAAAAUUUAAUGGACGCUUCCUUAUGCUCAUAGCAGUUAAUAUUUCUCUUUAUAAAUCGAUUCGAUUAUUUUUCUGCAUAUCUGCUCAUGCUUAAAAAAAACAUCGGAAUGUAGUCUUGAGAUUCGUUACAAUAAAUAGACUAGACGGAUUUCAACGACUAAUCUCUAUGAAUUCCAUUUGGUUUCUCUGCUGUUAUGCUGCUAAAUUAACGCUCUAUACCACUCCGACCAGUAACGGACGUAAGCUUCACAUUCACUGGAAAUAAAGUAAGUGGUUUAAUUUGAAAGGAAAACUUUAUUUCGUUGCAUUGUCGUUUAAUGAUAAGUGAUUUCAUAAGCCUGUUAAGUAGCGUGUGAAUAAACGCAGUCGGUACUAAAUAAAAAGCGGAAGUGUUAGCCAAUGUCAAACAUGCUUUAUGAAUUAUCCGUGUACAGCAUUGAGCCAUUGAGAAUACCGCUUACAUUAAAUGGUCCAAAUUUCCUACCGUCGAAAUUGAUGGACCAACUUUUAUCAUAAAAUGUUAAAAAUGAAGCCUUUUACCAAAGGACCAAAGAAAAAAUUGUUCACAUAUGUACUUUCUUUCAGCUUAUGUUCAUUGGUAGCGAUUUCUUUUAAAAAUAAUUAAUUCUAAGCAAUUAUUUUAUUAUAAAAGAGCUGUGUCUCAACUUAACAUACCGAAUAUGUAUAGAAUAUUUAUAGUUAUAAGUACUCUUAAUGAAAUUCGGAUUCGGAAAAAAUGUAGUUUCUUUGGACUUUUAAUGUAUGUUACUUAUAAAAUUAUUUUUUUGAAGUGUAAGGAAUUUAGAUUCAUUCCAUUUCGUGUUGCAAUUGUUAACUAAAAUAAUUGAACUUGAGUUCCUAUUAAAUUUUACUUGAAUUUUGCAAUAAUUUAAGUAUUUACCUAGA